GCAGAUCUUUCUCGUUCGGGGGUCUGGAAGAAGUGGUUACUCGGAAGCUACGUAAAGGAAGCGGAUCAAGGUUUAUGACUACCCACUGGUUUGCAUGCGCUGUCGGACUCAAGCUUUAUAGGAGAGCUACAUCCAAGAAGCUGCGCACGAACGAGCUCGACAGGGCAAACUUUGAUCGACAAGCCUAAUGCCUAAUGCCUAAUGCCUUGGCAUAGAACGAAGCCGUGGAAUUUCCUCAAGAUAGGAGCCUACCUCGCAAAUCCCUGCCCAGCCUCUAAUCGAGGUCGCGGAGCCGAAGUGUGUUCAAAGGUGUCACGCUAACAAACUUUGAUCUCAGACGGCAAAUCUGCAAUCGAUGGUGCACAUGGUGAUCACGACGUCCAAGUCGAGUGGCAAUGUGCUUUUGCCACACCAUGGGCCGCCAAUGCGUCAGUGUAGGAGCGUCGGUAGUGCACACAACUGGUAUGCAGGGAUGCAAUCGGAUGUUGCCCACUUGGUCGAUUGGUCACUCCUCUGGCAAGUCUGAGCCUGAGCCCGAGCCCUGGUGGCAAUGGCGGCAAUCACCAGUGCUGAGGCAGAAUGCGACAGUGAGUUGAAACAACAAACAACAAGGUUUAGCUCAACGCUAAUUCAUCGCCUUACCCUAUCUUUGGUGUUUGCUUUGCUCUGGCGCCCCAUUCUAAAGGGUACUGUACCAGAGCAAAGGACGGAGCCGAGGGUGAAGAUUGCUAUUGUCAACAUCACGUCAUUGCUUGGGUACCCGAAAGGCCUAUGGACCCACGUCGAACCUGUUGCGACUGUGCCCGAGCGGCAACACUCACAGUGAGCGCUGCCUGAUCAAUUUUCUUGGCUGUCGAUAUCUGCCGGCUGGCUGAUGUGCUCGCGAAAUCCUGUCCACAGAUCUCGAGCUGAAGUGGCCCCACAGCGAGGGACUCACAGCACUGCUUUCUUGAUAGACACGGCCUGACCAAAGCGUCGCGCA